AUGCUGCCAUUGACUUGGGAAGAUGACGGAGUGCUCUUUCUAGGCACAAGAUACCUGCUCGAGUAUUACCUGAGGAAGGAGAUAUACAGUUCAUUCGUUGACCACAACACGAGUAUUGCUGGGCUGGAGUUGUGGUUCAAGAAUCAGUACCGUUACUACAUCGGCAACGUGAUGCUCCCCAGCAUUAUGCUUGUUAUCCUCUGCUAUGUGACUCUGUACUUCGACAUCAACGAUUUCAAUGACCGCAUCAUGGUGUCGCUGACCUCGCUGCUCGUGCUCGUCACCUUCUUCACCGACACCAGCCAAUCCAUCCCCAAAACCGCCUACUUCAAGCUCAUCGACGUGUGGUUUAUGUCCCUCAUGUUCGAGGACUUCUUCGUCAUCCUGUCCAUCGUCUACGUCGAGUACGUCCACCGCAGGACGCUCCCCGGGUCGUUCAUUCGCGUCCAGCCGGCCGACUUCAAAGCCGAGGCUCCCAACCCGGCUGCCCCCUCGCCGGACGUGAAGAGGCUCAACCGCCACCUGCGCACCGCCUUCACCUGCUCCCUCACGCUGGUUCUGCUCAUCUUCAUCCCCAUCGGCUCCUACAGCCUCAACGUGAACUACCACGAGAUGUCCAACGCUGAGGCGGAGAAGGAGGAGGAGGAAGAGGUGUGA